GGUUUCACUUCCUCAUCGGUCGCUGCGCCCACGACCCCACACCCGCCCGCCAGCCAGUCUGUAGAUAGAUGGGCGAGGACAGGCGGCUGGAGUAACUCUUCCAUCGCCCCGGCAUUUAUAGAAGUAAAAGGCAAUCUGUCAACACACACGCACCACGCCAGGAAUGAUGCAUUUGGUCCGUGUACAGACCGGUGCCAACGCCUGCCAGUAACAUCGAGUCCACACGCUGACGGGAGGCAACGACAGCCCGGGGCUCUCUCUCUCGCUCUCAGGCUCACUGCGAGGAAUGUAAAUUAGACUCCGCCCCGGGACUUUCUAACCGGACACGUGAAGUCUGUCAUUUACUUGUUGGAGAUACUGUGCAAGCAGGGAGGGAAAGAAAACACAAGUCGCCACCCGAGUCCACAGCGCACGGCAGCCAAGUCGGUUGCAAUCCAGUUGUUUCGGUGUUCCGAUCUGCGGAUUUAUCCGGCUCUAGUGUAAUCUCAGGUAAAAAUCCCCCCCACAAAGUCGAUAAGUGGUUCAGCGUUGCUCUUGCGCCAGCAUGGUUGUGAUUGAAGGAACUGGGAUGACUGCUGGGGUCUCAGAGCAAGACUGAAAACACGCCAGUCUCAUGAUCAACUUGGAAAGCUCCUGCUGCAAUGAGAUGCUACUGGAAGCGAUCAGUAACUACUCUUGGUUUUUCCCUGUGUCUUUGCUUGCUUGUGUAUAUUUGCACAAAGGAUGAUGAAGAAGAGAGUACACAGAAAAUGGAAGAAAGGCGACUGGCCAAAGAAAUAGCCGUGCAGCAGCUGUACUCCGAGAGGAACGUGCAGAACUUCCGGGAGUUGGUCAAUUUCUCUUCCCCCAUUAACGUCACCUAUCAAUAUUUGGCAGGGUACCCUUUGUUAAAAAAAAAAUACAUCACAGUGGGAUUGUCUUCUGUGAAACGGAAGCGAGGAAAUUACCUUCUUGAGACACUGAAGUCCAUCUUCAAGCAGUCUACUAAUGAAGAGCUCACUGAGAUGGUGGUGGUUGUCCACAUGGCUGACUUUGACAUGCUGUGGAAUACGCAAGUGGUGCAGGACAUCUCUACAAAAUUUGCCCACCACAUAAUCUCUGGCCACUUGAUCAUCAUUCAUGCCCCUGAACAGUACUACCCACUGCUAACAGGCCUGAAAAGAAAUUAUAAUGACCCUGCUGAUCGUGUGACAUUCAGGUCAAAACAAAAUGUUGACUAUGCUUUCCUGCUCAACUUUUGUGCAAAUUUAUCAGAUUAUUACAUAAUGCUGGAAGAUGAUGUUCAAUGUUCCCACUCUUUCCUAACUGCAAUUAAGAAAGUCCUUGCUUCAAAGGAGGGCUCCUACUGGGUGACCUUGGAAUUUUCCAAGCUGGGCUACAUUGGAAAACUUUACCAUUCCACUGACCUUCCUAGACUGGCCCACUUCCUUCUGAUGUUUUACCAAGAGAUGCCAUGUGACUGGCUACUAAGCCAUUUCCGAAACCUUCUCACACAAAAAAAUGUCAUUCGUUUUAAGCCUUCCUUGUUCCAACACAUCGGAUACUAUUCAUCUUUCAGAGGUACGGAAAAUAGGUUAAAGGACGAUGACUUUGAAGAAGACUUCUUUGAUGUUCCUGACAACCCGCCAGCAACAAUCUCCACUAACCUCAAAGUUUUUGAAAACUAUGACCCCAGCAAAGCCUACAGUAAUAGUGACGAGUACUUCUGGGGGAAAUCACCCAGCACUGGGGAUUUCUUCACCAUUGUGUUCAUGAAGCCGAUGAACAUCACCAGAAUCCACGUUGUCACUGGCUCAGAAGAUAGACAUGGUGAUGUUCUUCAUUCUGGGAUCGUUGAAGUUGGAAAGAAUCCAAAAUUGACACAAAAGGGGAAAGAUUGCAUAGAAUAUGUUAAACUAAAGGAGUUUCAAUAUGGACAGUUUGACCAAAAAGAUGUAGGUAACAUUAUAAACUUCACCGUAGAAUGUGUACGGAUAUUUGUGACAGAAAGCCAAAGCGACUGGCUUAUUAUUCGUAGUAUUAGUAUUUGGGCAAAGCAAGCCACCUCACUAUGACAAAGUACUUGAAUUAUACCCCUCUAUUGUCUUUGGCUGUCCUCUCCUCAGUGACCUGCCUUGGGUUAUUGUUCUGUGUGUACACCUCGUAAAGCAGUCGCUUGUUCGUGACCGGGUCUGCCUAGCGAACUUUGAGAGCUUGUUGCACUGUGCAGCCUCAUCAAUUUCUGAAUGCAUCUCCAGCCCUCAGAGUUGUUGAGUAGACGGUGAUUCGGAGAAAGCCUUUAUGCAGAUUCAGAUCCCUUCCCCUUGUCCCUGUCCAGGAAGAUCACAUUAGAGUGCAUCAGUUCAGGAAUACCGAAAAGAGCUAAAUAAUUAGUGGUUUGGCAAUUUUUCAGAUGUACAUAAUCUUUCAAUAAAUCAUGAGCGUUAUUCCAAUAGACCACACGAAAAUGACAUGAACGACACUGCCAGCCAGCUAGCCGGAAUCACGAGUCAAUUGCUUAGUUCCUGGUGUGGCAUGCAGCACAAAUGAUAGAUGUUUUGAAAAAAGUGCGAGAUUUUGUAUUCUAAGCUGAUGUUGAAAUAUGUCAGCCCAGAAUUAUGAAAUCUGUUCAGAGGUUUAAUUAUCAUGAUGUUUAGUAGGCAACUAUCUCCUAUCCUCCACCUUUUAGCCCUUCACGUAUGUGAUGGGUAGUGAGAGAGUGUGACUGGGCGAAUAGACAGGGCCGGAAAGCAUGAUAAUUGAACUUCAAAGCUCACAUGAGCAUUUUACAAGAAUUUUUUUUUUUCUGCAUCAAAAAUGAAUAAGCACAAUGAAUCUGGCAGACAAACUGAAAAGCUAAAAAAAUUGAAGUUUUUGAGCAAGAAUGGUGACAGUCAUGUUCAGAUCAAAUAACCAUUAGAUCACAUCUAAUCUUUUCCAAUAAGAUGAUCAAGAGUUAAACUCUCUGUGGUCAUCCCCAAAAUGGAAGAUUUGCACAUUGUGGUACAGGUUUGCAAUGUGAUGGAAGGAGUACAACAUGUCAGGUUGUGUGUCCUGUCUUCGUUUUACCUGAAAAGGAAUAACCCACAACUAGGGAUGUCCCCAACUCAGUAUCUGAGUCUAAGAAUGGAGAGGAUUGGUAGGGGACUUGCAGGAGGGCGAAUUUAAGUUAAUUUGUUCUUUAUAAAUGAUUUUACAAUUCCUCUUCAAAUGGACCCAGUUGAGCUUUGCCUCACCUUAGGGAAGGGGAUCAAUGGCCUUUAUUAAGUGUAAAUAACUGGUGACAAAUUAUGUAUAUUUUGUACAAGUAUUUGUACUUUGAUUCAAAGAAUGCCUUGACAUGUAAUAUAUUCCACAAAUAAUGUGAUCAUUGAUGUUUUCAAGGUAACUUUGCAAAUGAAGAUGUUUAUUCAUGAUAUCUUUUGAAUAAGGAAUUGUUUACUUGUUUUUUAAUGAGAUGAGCAGCUGUUAAAAUAUUUGGAUAUUAAAUGCAGUUGUGGUUCAUUAAUGUUAGAUAUGCUGCACUAUUACAGUUAACUUUUUCAAGAUGUACCUCCUUUGCCUCAUUUUCUACUAUACUGUACUUUAUAAGUUAUAGAUUGAGAGCGUGGACUGAAUGCAUUCAAACCCAACACACGCAAUUUUCUUCAAAAUGUUAUCAUCAGCCAUAAAUACAACUGUUGUAUCCCACACGUGAAGUAUCUAGUAGGUGAAAGUAAUGAGGAACCAUUGAGUGUGGUUUACCCUUACAAGGAAGCUCCAAGAUUUUUUACGCCAACCAAAAUCAAUGUUAUUUAAUUCCAUAAAACAUGGUUAAACCUGCUCACGCACCAGAGGUUCAAUUGUCCAACAUUGGACCAUAACCAUGCAAAUGAUUAUUUUAAAAAUGGACUGUGCCACUUAAAUAAAAUAAAUUAAUUUUAGCGCAGUUUUUCUAACCGUUCCACCGGAGUACUCAUCACAUAUGGAUCUGUUAUGGACUAACUGACAGCCACUAAUUGCUAUGAUUCAUUGGCUCCCUGUGAUCAUCAAUAUCCAACUGUUGCCAUAGUUGAAGACGCAUUAGGUAAAUAUUGGAGUUUAUUGGUUCCGUUUUUCUUGUGUUAUGAUAUCAGAUUGUAAGGGGCCUGUUAGGUUACUUUUGAAAUGCAAAACUACAGAGUUGGGCAGCACAGAAAUGGGCCCUUUCAUCUCUCCACAUCCGGGACGAUCAUGAUAUCUCUACUAAUCACAUGUGGCUACAUUAGGCACAUAUCCCUGUAUGCAUUUCCUAUUUUCGUUAGUUGAAAGAUACAGCGCAGAAACAGGCCCUUUGACCAACCAGCGAUCCCCACACACUAGCACUAUCCUACACACAAUUUUAACAAGCCAAUUAGCUUACAAACCAGUACGCCUAUGGAGUAUGUAAGCAUCUGUCCAAAGUAGAAAUAAGGAACUGCAGAUGCUGGUUUACAAAAAAAGGAACAAAGUGUUGGAGUAACUCAGCAGGUCAUUGCAGCAUUUAACAGGUGCUUUGUAAUCUAAGAUCAAAACACAAUUUGGAUCAGGACCCUUCUUCAAACUCAAAAUGUCACCUAUUCAUGUUCUCCAGAGAUGCUGUUUGACCUACUGGGUUACUCCAGCACUAAGUAUCUGUCUACAUGCCUUUUAACAUAGUUGUAUUUGCCUCUAUCAUUCCGCUGGUAACUUACUCCAGAUGAUCACCACUUUGACAUGGGAUCAACUACAAGGUAGUCUGUGUUGGAAGUUGAUGUAGUCCUCAAAUGAUUUGCAGAGAGAUUAAAGUGUGCUUAGGUUGGAAGCAUUUACACUCCAGAAUGCAAGACCAUAGACAAUAGAACAUAACUAGUGUUUCUAAAGGUUAUACACUUGUCCAUUGAUUUACAUUACUAAAUUAUACAAAUUUAUGUUGUAAUCUGUCGGGUUUUUACAUUCACUUUGAGAAACUUAUUUUGUGCUUGAUUCUGACACGUUUUUCCUUGUAAAUCCUUGACCUUGGUUACUGUCUAUUUCUUCUCCCCUGAAGUCUGUGGAAUUCUCUGCCUCAUAGGGCAAUGGAGGCCGGCUCUCUGGAAACUUUCAAGAGAGAGCUAGAGAGGGCUAAAGAUAGCAGAGUCAGGGGAUAUGGGGAGAAGGCAGGAACGGGGUACUGAUUGGGGAUGAUCUCGGUGCUGGCUCGAAGGGCCGAAUGGCCUCCUCCUGCACCUAUUUUCUAUGUUUCUAUGAUCAGCCAUGAUCACAUUGAAUGGCGGUGCUGGCUCGAAGGGCCCAAUGGCCUCCUCCUGCACCUAUUGUCUAUUGAAGUUUUCACUGUUUACAAAUCUACUUAUUGACUCCUAGAUGCUACGCACAUUGGUAAAGGUCUGUGAUUAAUAGGUAUUUACAUAAACACAAAUCUGUUUAGUGGGUCUGAAGAUGAGUGAAGUAUUGUCAGAAGACAAACUGCUUUAUAGAAUGUAUAGAUAUAGAUUGGAAUAGACAGAGAGACACAAAAAGCUGGAGUAACUCAGCAGGACAGGCAGCAUCUCUGGAGAGAAAGAAUGGGUGAUGUUUUGGGUCGAGACCCUUCUUCAGACUAGAGUCAGGCCUUUCCCCUAAUUCUAGUCUGAAGAAGGGUCUCAACCCAAAACCUCACCCAUUUCUUCUCUCCGGAGAUGCUUCUUGUCCCGCUGAGUUGCUCCAGCAUUUUGUGUCUUAUCUUCGAUUUAAACCAGCAUCUGCAAUUCCUUCCUACACAAAUAGAUCGGAAUGUCUGGCCUAGAUAUACACACACGGUCAGUAGCGUGGACAGCAUUAAAUGCAGCAACAGCUAAAUAGUCUGUCUCUGAAGUUAGAACAUACAACAGUACAGUACAAGAACAGGCCGUUCAGCCCACCAUGACUGUGCCGAACAUGCUGCCAAGACCAUCACUGACCUUACCUGCACAUAACCCAAAUCCCACCAUUUCCUGCAUAUCUAUAAAUUAAUCCAAAAAUCCAUUAAAUUCCACUAAUGUGUCUGCUUCCACCGCCCCCAGCAGUGUUUUGCAGGCACUCAGCACUCUGUGGAAAAAUAUUUAUCCCACACAUCUCCUUCACAUUUCGCUCCUCUCACCUUAAAACGAUGCUCUCUAGUAUUUGUUAUAUUCCACCCUAGGGAAAUGAUUGUAGCAGUCUACAAUAUCUGUGCCUCUCCUUUAGUUUAUAUACCUCCAUCAGGUCUCCCAGAAACCUGGGGCAUUCGAGAGAAAACGAUCCAAGUCUGUCCAAGCUUUCCCUGUCACUAAUACCCUCAUAGAUCAGCCAUCAUUCUGUUAAUACCCUGCUGUUCGAAGUUCUUUCAAACAACUUCAGUAAGCUUUCCCUACAAAUAACUUAAAUGACGUGUACUUUAGAGGCAGAGGGCAAAGACCUGUCAUUACUACACUGCAUGUGUAGCAUCUUGCAUUAAGGAUGAAUUUCUGUGUAGGAAGGAACUGAGUAACUCAGCAGGUCAGGCAGCAUCUCUGGAGAAAAGAAAUGGGUGAUAUUUAGAGUUGGAGCGCUUCUUCAGACUGAAAGAUAGAGGUGGAGGGGGGGGGGGGGAGGAAAAACUGGAGACAAGAAAGGAGCAGAACAAACCAGGGCCAGUGACGGUGACCUCCACCCUUCCUGACGAGAUCUGUUGCCAGCCAGGAUUUAUUCUGGUCCGUUCUCGCCUCCAGUCUUCCUGCCCCUCCCCUUUUCCAGUCUGGAGAAGGGUUCUGACCUCCGGAGGUGCUGCCUGACCCGCUGAGUUACUGCAACAUUUUGUGUCUAUGGGUGAAUUUCUGGUGUAUAUGUGCCUGUGGUAGAUCAAAACUACUGCCUUGACAUCACAUGCAUUCCAUCUUUCAGCCACAGCUCAUCUUCUGCUCCGUCCCCCGUUCUUCUUUACUCGUUUUUAAUCAUAAUUUCAAACCUUUACAAGAAGAUGUAUAAAAAGAUAAAUAUUGAUUGAAGAUCAGGGGAAGUCAAAUGUUAAAUAAUUCCCUCAGCCUUCAUGUUUGGAGAUAAUUGCUUCUCAAUUACCUUCAGGCCAGCAAUUUCCUACCAGGGCUUUCAUUUGAUUACUAGAUUUUUGUCUUUUAUCAAUAUGUGUAACUAUGGGGUGUAAAAUUCAUCACAAAGGUGUCUCAUGUAGUCUAGCCUUAAUCGAAAGACUAAAGGGACACUGCCAUGACCCAGGAGUAGUAUCCUCAACAUCGCCAUCAACAAUUAUUUCAUAAUUCAUGGAAAACUAAGAUGUAUUGCAUCAUGAAACUCUGAGGUCAACUGCAUUCCAGAAACGAUAUGCUGUUUGGUUGAUAGCAGCAUACAGAAUGACAGAUUACCUGUAGCCAUCCGAGAUUUCCACUUCACCAGCCAGGAGAUACUUAAAACAGGAUUGCUGGACUAAAUCCAAUACUGAAUUAUAUGUGGUUAGGAUAGAGUUAUUUUUAUUAAAAAAUGAAAUUGAACAACUGCAGUAACACAUUACCAGGUAUCUGGGCUUCGAUGCUCUGUAAUUCAUCAUAUUCAGCAGGAAAAUUGACUCUGAUUUUUUUUUUGUUUACUCUGCAUGUCCUCAAAAACAAACGUCAACUCCUGUGGUAAAUUGAUUUUUUUGGUCGCACAUCCCUGAAGUUGAACAGUAAGCCGUACACUGAAUUUUAAAUUAUUUCACAUUGUUAAAACUGAUCUUGAUGGACUCUCUGCAGCAGAAUUGUGGCAAUGUUUGUUUAAUAUGUUUAUGCUUUUGUUUAGAUUCUGGGAGGCUAGCUGCUCUGAUCUUACUUCUGGCUCCUCUAUUUUAAUUACAAUCACAGAUUAUUUUUUUUUAAUAUCAAGAGCAUAAACUCUUGAUUUAUCAGAGAUUUUCUUCCUGAAUGCAGACAAGGGGCAACCGCUUCAUCACAACUUAAUUAAUAAUCCUAACUCUUUCAACGAACCUGCAUUGAAUAAAUCUAACGCUGGACUUAUUUGUUUUACGUAUCAAUUGACACUUCCAGAAAAUUACACAAAGUAUAGAAGAAGUUUUAUACAUGUUUUGAAUCCUUUUUAAAAUGCAAUGGUGAUUGGAUGGUGAAUAUCAUGAUUGAUACAAAUUAUUAGAAUUUUACAUUAUUACAAACAGGACUUAGUUGUUUGAUAGGACAAUGAUGUUCCAUAGUUUUAAGACAACAUACAUGGUUUUGAAUUGGAAAAUAUGGGGCGAAGUGAAGCAGCUUCACUGGGGAAUAGAUUAUAUUUUCAGUUUGUUUUUCCAAAAUCUUUUUUCAUAGCUAAGUGUCACCAGUCCAACUGUUAACUAUCACCAUCAUGGUAGAUUCACCGUGUAUUUCCAUGAGCUGUGAUGUUCUUUAACCGGCUUCUACAAGUGCUAUUGUAACACAGCUCCAACCCAUCACUUCAUUCACCAUCAAAAAGCCGUCAGCAUUUAUACUGUUGGAAAAAAAUGAAACAGCACAAAUUAGGGUUUUGGGUACGUAACUGAGAUACAGUGUCAUUUCACUUACAUUUCACUGGAUUCAGUAAAGCCCUUUAUUUUCAACGUAGCAAAUCUGUGAAAUACCAUUGAGAUUAUUAUGCAAUGACACAAUGUUCUUUGGUAUUGGAGACGGGUAUUCUGCCAUCAUUGCACUAUUACUAGGUUCUUCCAUGGAUGAGCAAAACUAGUAUGUGUAAUUGUUUAAAAUCAUCACAAAUUGUUCUCAAUUUUCAUUCAUUAGUAAUUCUGGUUUUGUAGACAUCUUUGUGAUUCUGCAUAGAGUUUUACAAACAUACAUUGAGCAGUGAUUUUAUUUCUAUUGUCCAGUAAAGUUUUUUUUGUGUGCGUGUAGAAGAGUGUGUGUGAAUUUGCUCUCAGUAAUAUGUUUGAAUAAAUCAAUUUGACUAGUA